AUGGAAUAUGUUGCUUGCUCCCUGUCGACUGCCGUGCGUAAGGCAAGCGGCGAUGUAAGUCAGUCAAUCAGUCAAUCAAGUCCCGCCAUGCUGGCUGCAGACAAGACAAGAGGCAGCACGGCUAAGGUCUCAACCGUCACCGAUGCGGCACCGAUGCGGCGAUACCAAGCAUCCAAGCCGGACGACACGGCAAGUCUGAUAUCUUGGGUCAUCACCCACCUCACCCACCGAACCACCAACAUCAGACCGUCACCGUCAGCCCGGCCCUGA